GCGUACGGCCAAUCACAGGCGGAUGUUUACUCCUGGAGAAGCGUUGCUAACUGUACAGGGUGCAAAUCCUUCUUUUCUGUAAUGUAAUUGUGCCAUUAAAAAGUUUUAUGACAAAAAACACAAAUAACCCAUUAUGGUGAACAAAGGCCCUUUAUGGAAAAGGGUGAAGUCUUACACCGGCCCCAUUCCCCGGGCGAGGCACGGCCAUCGGGCAAUAGCCAUCCGAGAGCUGCUGGUUGUGUUUGGAGGUGGAAACGAGGGGAUAGCGACCAGCCUACAUGUUUAUAACACUGUGACGAGGCAAUGGUUCCUGCCAGCAGUGCGAGGUGAUAUCCCACCUGGCUGUGCUGCCCAUGGUUUUGCCUGUGAAGGCACACGAAUCUUGGUGUUUGGGGGCAUGGUUGAAUUUGGCCAAUAUACAAACAGUCUGUAUGAAUUGCAGGCUAGUCGUUGGCUAUGGAAGAAACUGAAGCCCCGCCCACCCAGGAACGGUCCACCUCCAUGUCCACGGAUUGGUCACAGCUUCAGUCUCCAUGCCAACAAGUGCUACCUUUUAGGUGGAAUGGCCAAUGACAGUGAAGACCCAAAUGGAAAUGUACCACGUUACCUGGAUGACUUUUAUGAACUCGAGCUACAGGCCCAGUCCGGGGUGAAAGGCUGGAACAUUCCAGAAACCAAAGGUGGAGGUCCAUCAGCCAGAGAAUCCCAUAGCUCGGUGGUGUACACAGGCAGCAGCCCAAAGCUGUUUGUUUUCGGGGGCAUGUGUGGUCACAGAUUGAACGACCUGUGGCAGCUGGACAUUGAAACUAUGACCUGGACUUUACCUCCAACUAGAGGGGAACUUCCAUUACCCAGAAGUCUGCACACCUCUAAUGUGAUUGGAAACAAGUUAUAUGUUUUUGGAGGUUGGGUUCCUGUUGAAGAAGCACAGGACAUGCUCGCUAAUGAUGGAGUCAAAUGGGUUUGCACAAACUCUCUUUGCAUUCUAAACCUCGACACGCUGACAUGGCAAAACAUGACUUCAGAAGAACAUCACAAUGAAUCAGCUUUAGGUGUGCAGUUGUUGGAAGAGGAAGAAAGCAAAGCACCUUGUCCGAAAGCACGAGCCGGACACUGUGCGGCAACCGUCGGCUCUCGUCUGUACAUCUGGAGCGGGCGAGAUGGAUACAGCAAGUGCAAUAGCUUCCAGGUCUGCUGCAAAGAUAUGUGGUACCUGGAGACAGAGAGGCCUUCCACUCCUGGUGCUGUGUUUCUUGUGAAGUCUACAAUUAAUAUGCUACAUGUUGCCUGGCGCCCCCUGCUUGCAGCCGAAUGUUAUUUGCUUCAAGUGCAGCCUGUCACUUCUCCUCAUUCACCAUCCACUAAAGCUCCUUCCACAAAGACUCCUCCACCAGAUUCAGCAGAUGGAAAGGAAGCUACACAAAAAGAUUCCCAGCCAUUUAAAAACACUGGAAGUGGAGAUUCCAAGGUUGCAGGAGAGAAAGACUCUUCAUUACAGGAAAAGCUUCAGAGGACAAAAGAAACUGGUGAAAUCAUCCAAGGAGACAAAAACAAAAAAGAAGCAAACCCUGCUUCUGAUGUCCCAACUACAACACAGUCUGAGCCGGAGAAUACAGAAGAGUCUGUGUGGUUUGAUGUAGGUGUUUUAAAAACACUGUUUUGUGAGGUUACACACUACUUUCUGCCUUCUGAGUGUGGUGACAUGGCAUCUACCCUAUCCAGUCAAAACUCGGCUGACAGUGAGUGGAAGCUGCCCGGUCCUUAUAGCUUUGCAGGUCGUGUGAAGCAAGAAUUGGCCUCAGGCGUCACAUACAGGCUUAGGGUGGCUGGUCUAAACAGCUGUGGUCUGGGUGACUUCAGCCCAGUCAGUGAGUUUAAGACCUGCCAGCCUGGAUUCCCAGGGGCACCAUCUGCUGUCAGAAUCACCAAGGAUACUGACUCCGUUCAUAUCACCUGGGAACCUCCCACCUCUCUGUCUGGAAAAAUCCUGGAGUAUUCCAUGUACUUAGCUGUGAGAAAGAGUAAAGGAAACAAUGCAGAGCGGCCCAGUGAGCUGGCCUUCAUCCGAAUCUAUCGCGGUACAAAGACGUCAUGUACAGUCAGCGAAGCCCAUCUAAGCAACGCACACAUCGACUGCUCAGCACGGCCGGCCGUCGUCUUCCGCAUCGCUGCCAAGAAUGAACAGGGCUACGGUCCGGCCACUCAGAUCCGAUGGCUGCAAGAUGUGAGUAAACUCAAAUCCUCAGCGACGCAGCCAGACUCUGGUUCUCCAUUGGCAGAGCCUGAUACCACCUGCAAGUGAACUCUUACCCAAAAUGGUUGUGCCUGACUCAACAGCAAAAACUUCAGCAUUGUAUUGCACUCUCAAUAACCUUGAAUGACUGAACCAGAUCUUACCUCACGUCCAAUUUGCCUGUCUGUGCAUCAUAACAAAUGGACCUUCAAUGUAAAAUGUAAAUUAACACUUUUUAAAAAAAAUAUUUUUAAAGUUCAUUGUUGUACGUAUUUUACUUUUGUCGUGGGAUCAGUUUAUUGUAGUCACGUAUGACAGGCAGCACUGGUAUAUCUUUAAAUCCCAAAAUUGGUUUCUGCAAUAAAAUCUCAGAAGAAAAGUCACUUCCCCACAUGUAAACAUGCACAUUGGAAAUAACUCAAAAUAUACCAGUGUUAAAAAAGCCUAAUUGGCAGUAGUUUAAUCAAAAACAUCCCCAAUGCUGCCUGGACUUGUUAUAAAAUAUAAAGCUUAACACGACACACUAUACCAUCAUCAUAGCUGGAAAAUAACUUUUCCUAUGCCUUAAAAUUGUACAUAAUUACAACGUAUGCUGAAUGAGCAAUGUGUAUCCUUUAUGGAGUUAAAUAUUUACUGUGUUAAUUAUACACAGCAACUUUCACAAUGUAUACUUCAAUUCAAAUGCUAUAAUCUAUCUAAAAAGGACUUUCUAAUAUAGGUUACAUUUGCCUUGUUCUUAUACCAUGCCACUAUCUUAGAAAACUACAGCUGUAAAUAAUUUUAGGUAGCUACACUGAUUAACACUUUGUGCCAUUUUAUAACAAAGCUUUUGUUUACCAAGCUUUCUAUUCUGAAUGCCAUUUUAGCAUAAUUUGUGUGUUGUCAUAUUUUACCACGUUUUUCAGAUGUUGUAUUUGCCAGUUUGAAUCCACCACUCACUUCAAACCCAGUU